UAAAGACGGCAUCGAAGGAGCAGCUGAAGAAGAUAAAAAAAAUGAAUUUUUGAAGUGCUUCGAAGAUUGGAAAAACCGUUGGCACAAGUGUAUAAUAUCUCAUGGGGAUUACUUUGAAGGGGACAAAAUAGAUAUUCAUGAAUAAAUAAAUAAUUUUUGAAAAAACACAAAAUUCGCGAUACUUUUUGAACACACCUCGUAUGUAUUAAGCCCUUCAGCUGCUGGCUAUUCAAUAUAGUUAAUUACGACUUUUCAUAUGUCAUAUGUCAAAACUGUCUACUGCCGUUAUCGAUAUGUGCUAUCCUUCAAAUCAAAUAAUAAAUAUUGUCAACGAAGGCUGCAAAAAAAAAAAAAAAAUACGUAUAAUGCAAAUAAUUGAAAAAUAAUGUUGUCACCACCAACAAAAGUGUUUUUGUAUGCCACUUAGAGUGAUCAUGUGGUCACGGUUUCGUGUCGGUCUCUCCCGUUUGAUUGUAAACGCGACAGUUCGGUUAUCAAUUAUUUUUGGCAUACUGCCUUAUGGCUACAACGCGAGACGCAGACGCUUUGUAACAAAGAACUACUAUUUCGCCUACAGUACCCUCAUAGAUGUGGUUCUAAUUGUGUUGGCGCUACGUAUAUGGUACAGCAAAAUGGGUAUAAAUAGGAAAAGCGACUGGUCGCUAAUGACGGUAGUUCUUCAACUAUUGGAUGCGGGUAAUUUGAACAUCCUCAUUGUGAUACUGUGGACCAACUGGAAGGAAUACGACGCUGUGCUGGAUAUGUUCAAUGAAUUUGAGACCAUGGAGAGCUCAUAUUUUGAAAAGCAUAAAUAUUUAUGGGACAAUUGUGCGCCGUUUCACAAUUAUCUUGCAUGCCGGGCAUUUCUGUUGCUCUUGAAUAACAUUUUAACUGUUUAUGUAUACAAAGCGCUCACGAGCAAUAGAAUAGAUGUGCUGAUCAUUGCCACUCUGGCUAAUGUGUUGGAGUUGGCUGUAUUGCAAUUUUACACGGUCGUAUUGGUCAUUUACCGCAACAUUUGGACACUGCAGCAGCGUUUGAAGCAUUUGGCCAGUUGUGGCAUGCAUCGGCGAAAUGUCGAUAAUUUGUGGCGCGAAAUCGGUGAAAUUGCGGGCGUCUACUUGCGUUUACAGCGACUAUCCAAGCGAAGCAAUAGUAUUUAUGGCAAACACGUUUUCCUCUACAUAAGCGCCAUUGUGGGCGAUAAUAUCUCCAAAGCGUUUUUGUUGCUCGUGUUGUAUGAGAGCGCUAUUCAUACGCGGUAUUCUUUGUAUAUUUUUUUUCUCGUUGUCAUACAUACGGUGGAGUUUUGGCUGAUUAUCGCCGCUUGUGAGUUGACUUUGAAUGCCGCAUAUGACUUCUCGCAGCUGCUGAGGUCCUUUAACGAGUGCAUGCAUUUGGAUGACAAGUCGGAGCGUGAGGUACAUUUUUGCUCCAAUCACAUAUUUCUAUGCUCUGAAUUUUGUUCUUUAAUUUUCAGCUUGAAGUUUUGGCGCUCUUGCGUGUUAGUAGAAAGCCAGUAUUUCGUGUGUGUGGCCUAAUAGAUUUGGAUUAUUCGAAAGGUCUAGGCGUUUUGCUCGGCAUUGUUUUGCAUAUAAUUUAUUUGGUGCAAACGGACUAUGUAUUAUUUUUUUAAAGUUAGUAUGGUUAUGAGUUUGAUGAUUAAAAGUUUGAAAGCACAAUUGUGCAGUUAUUUCUUUACAAACUAAUAUUUGAAGUCAGUAAUUUACUUCCGGAGAAGAAGUGCUGUAAG